UGUUCAUUUUUAAUGACCCGGAUGAAAUUGAGAUAAUUCGUUGACGUCAUCAGUGCACAAAAAUGGCAGAGUCGGAGAACGAGGUGGAGGUGUUGGUCCAGAGAGUUGUAAAAGAUAUCAAUAACGCCUUCAAGAGAAACCCCAAUAUUGAUGAGAUAGGUCUGAUCCCGUGUCCAGAGGUCAGGUAUAACCGCAGCCCCAUCAUGCUGGUAGAGAACAAGCUGGGGGUGGAGAGCUGGUGUGUCAACUUCCUGCUCCCCUACGUCCACAACAAGCUAGUGCUCUACAGGCAGCGCAAACAGUGGCUGGACAGGGAAGCUCUGGUAGACAUCACCUGCACUCUGCUGCUGCUCAACCCAGACUUCACCACUGCUUGGAAUGUCAGGAAGGAACUGCUGCAAUGUGGAGCACUGAGUCCAGAGAGAGACCUGUACCUGGGAAAACUGGCCCUCACCAAGUUCCCCAAGAGCCCUGAGACAUGGAUACACAGGCGCUGGAUACUACAGCAGGUGUUACGGGAGUGUUCUCCCCCCGUGCCGGACAGGAAGGAGCAGGGGGACGGUGAUCGGCGUGACGCAGCAGAUCGGAUGCGUCUGAGUGAGCACCUCCACAGGGUCCUACACGACGAGAUGAAGGUGUGUGCCGACGCCGCCGGCCGUUACCCUAGCAACUACAAUGCCUGGUCGCACCGUAUUUGGGUCCUGCAGAACAUGGCCCCGGGCAACCUCAAGGUCCUCCAUGACGAGCUCUCCUCUAUGCGUCAGUGGGUCUCCAUGCACGUGUCGGACCACAGUGGCUUCCACUACCGCCAGUUCCUGCUCAAGGCCCUGGUCAGGGAGCUCAGCCAGUCCCUGUCCUCCUCCUCUCCCCAGCACUACCAUCCUCAGCCCAGCUCUAACCCUAGCCACAGCCCCCACACAGCCAACCCCCACCACCAGGCCAACGGAGAGGCCACAGCAGCAGCCCCCUGCCCCUCUCCCCCCUCCCCAGAGGACCUGGCUUCGGUGCCGGCAGUGCCCCAGCUCUUCCACCAGGAGGUGGAACUAUGUACUGACCUCAUCAAGUCCUUCCCCGGACACGAGACACUCUGGUGUCACAGGCGACUCGUCUUCUAUCUGUGGCACAACUGGAGGAGGGACCACGACCACCACAACGGCCAGGGCUUUGACAGCGAGUCUCCCCAGCCGAACCACACCGACACUGGGCUGAGCAGCCACCCUCACACAGCCUGCCCUGGAGGUGUGCGUCUAGACAGGGUGCAGCGCAGGAACGGACAGGCUCGGCAGGGUCAGGAUGCCAUGGAGGUGGACGUGGUGGAUGUCGGUGUCCCGGACCCCCGCGACACCAAGCGUCUGAAGAGGGGUCCCCCUGGCCCCUGUCCCCCUGCUCUGCCCUCAGAGCACAGCUUCGUAGCCAGUGUCCUGGACGGCUGCCGCUCCCCCGAGCAGGGACGCUUCGCCCUCGCAUACAGGAAGUGGCUGGACUCUGUGAUUGGUCAGUGAGAUAUAGACUGACUCGGUCAUUGGUCAGUGAGAGGAAACACUUCCUGUUCCAUUAGGGCGAGAACUGCUAAAAACUGUCCCUAGAUCAGCGUCUAGUGGCUGGUCAAUUCAUGCUAUUCUUCAAGACUCGGGAAGGGGGCUGGGGGUCUCUGAUAGGUCAAGUUAUUUGUGGCCCCUCCCACCCUCCUGGAAAUGGCUGGACUCUGAUUCAUCUGCAGAGCUUUGUCUGAGCCAAUCCCCCUUCAGAAUGGAAAUCUGAGAAGGGCUCUGCUCUGGCAGAGUAUGGCUCCUUGGCCUGUGUGUCGGUUAGCAGCCUUAUUUCAGGUCUCUCUCAAUGUUAGGGACCUAGAACAACCAUUCUGUCAGUCGUUUUAGUUUUUUCACUUAUGAGAUUCAUUCAUCAUGUGACCUUCAUCAUUCCUUUUGUCUUCCACCAACUGUAGCAGAAUAGCCUAUGUGAAGCUGCCAUGGUUAUAGGUUAUCCAUCAGUCAUCUUGUCGGUAUCUAGUCAGUUCUGCAGAAUUAAACUACUGACCACUGUGAGAUGAGCAGUGCAGCAAAUUAUUAAUUGUCAGCAUACAAAAACAAAGAACGAAAAACUAGCCAUAGUGCCCUGGUCAAAAGUAGUGCACUAUAUAGGGAAUAGGGUGACAUUUGGGACCAAAAGUAGUGCACUAUAUAGGGAAUAGGGUGCCAUUAGUCUGUUUUGUUUCUCCCUCUUAGUGGUACUUACUCUUUAGUGAUACCUGGGAUUGUAUUCACAAAGUGUUAUACACUGCUCAAAAAAAUAAAGGGAACACUUAAACAACA